AUCAUCUCAAGUUCGCUAGCUAUGUUGUCUAUCUUCGCUUUACCUCUUCUUGCUCUGUCCGCUGUAAGCACAACGCCCCCUGCCCACUCCACAUCCCCCGUUCUAGGAGCUUGGUAUGCUAGCUGGCAUGCUACUCAAGGAUUCCCGCUGUCUUCAGUCAGCUGGGGUAAGUACAAUACAUUGUACUACUCAUUUGUAAUCCCCACUUCGAACGUUAAAAAACUGAGCCUGGACGGCCUUAAUGGCGAUCUACUUCGUCAGUUCGUUUCUGACGCCCAUUCACAUGAUGUCGCAGCUCAUGUUGCUCUUGGAGGCUGGCUUGGGAGUGUUUGGUUCUCUUCUAGUAUUGCCACAUCUAAAAACCGGACGGCAUUUGUGAAGACCGUGACAGAUUUUGCUCAUGAGUACAAGAUCGAUGGUGUCCAGUUCGACUGGGAGUAUCCCGGCAGGCAGGGUGUUGGUUGCAAUACCAUUAGCGUCGAUGACACCGCCAAUUAUCUUAAAUUUCUCCAGGAGCUUCGCCAAAACACAGUGGGAGCAAGUUUGACAGUUUCAGCUGCUGUUUCCCUUGCACCCUUCACAGACGCUAGCGGGCAUCCUUCUGCUGACCUCUCCGGUUUUGCGCAGGUCUUCGACUACAUCACCUUGAUGAACUACGAUGUUUGGGGCUCUUGGUCCAAGCAUGUGGGGCCAAACGCACCAUUAAACGAUACCUGCGCCCAGUCUGCAAACAAAGAGGGCUCGGCGAUUGCUGCAGUUAAGGCUUGGACUGCCGCAGGUAUUCCGGUCGGCAAGAUCGUGCUUGGAGUUGCUUCCUACGGCCACUCAUUCAGCGUAUCUCCUUCUGCCGCCUUCAAGUCUGGCACAAAGACACUAGCCAAAUACCCUGUUUUCGACGCCUCGAAGCAGCCCUUGGGUGACAAGUGGGAUGACACUAGUAGUGUCGAUGUCUGCCAUGUAAGCCAUGGCCCAGGGGGCACUUGGAGACUUUGGGGCCUCGUGGACGGCGGCUUCCUUACCAAGGAAGCCAAGCCUGCUGAUGGCAUUUACUACAGAUAUGAUGAAUGCAGUCAGACUCCAUUUGUAUACAAUGAGAAAUCGCAAGUUAUGAUCUCAUUCGACAAUCCCGAUUCUUUCGCUGCCAAGGGCAAGUUUAUUAAGGAUACUGGGCUGCGUGGUUUCACGAUGUGGGAGGCUGGUGGUGAUUACAAAGAUAUGCUCCUAGACUCUAUCAGGAAAGCUAUAGGGUAUUAAUACGCUGCUGAUGCCAUCCUUCUGCAUUCUUCCAGUCGCUAAUAGAAUGUAUUACAUAGACUACAUGACACUCGCUUGAGAUCCCCGGAAGCUCUUCUAUAUGCAUGUCUGCCCUGCAACUCCAUUCUGCCAGUGGGCCUCAAAUCUGCUAUUCCGGACUGAUAUGUCAUACAUCACACGGUAUGUGACACCAGAUCUCGGACCAGCUUGGUCGCAAAUUGGAGCAAGGCU